AUGGGGCCAAAGGAACCUAGUGCCAAGGCAACUUUUUCCGAUGUCACAAAGGCGCCGACCUGUCAGGCGGACAUUGGAAAUGGGGCCAUUCAAGCGGCCAUCGUGGAGGAGGUGUGGCGACAGCGAAAGGGCUGUUGCGGUUGCACCUUCCGCCCGGGAUGGAUGUCAGUUGGCUGCGGAGACGCUGAAAAGCUGGAGUGGCUGCGCAAGGUAUCCCAAACCCUGAAACCCUGGAAGGGCGCGGAAAUUGUGGCAAUGAAUGCCACUGACGUGCCCAAACCCAGUGUCUAUAUUGGGUACUUUCCGGAGCCAUCAAUCACUCCAGUGGACACAAGAUAUUCUUCAUCUGAAUGGUUACCUAAUGAAUCCGGUCGUGGAAGGUUGCGAAUAAGUUCGAAAAAAGCCGUUUUUAUGUACAUUUGGUACGUAAGUAACACGGUUACUUUUAGGCAGUUGGCGAACUUAUUUGGAGUAGCGCCAUCGGCUGCGUGGUCAACAGUACGUAGAGUCACUUGGUUUUUAAUUUCGAUCAGCCACGAAUACAUUAAGUGGCCACAAGAUGCAUAUAUGCAUGAAGUUGUGAAUAGCUUCGAGCAAAAAGAAAAAGGUAUACCCGGUGUUAUUGGAGCAAUUGAUUGUACGCAUAUAGCUAUAAAAGCACCUAAAGAGCAUAAGGAUAACUAUUUUGACCGGAAGAAAACAUACAGCAUUGUAUUGCAAGCGGUAGUGGAUGCUAAUAAAAAGUUCAUUUGCAUAAGUUGUGGUGAACCGGGAUCCAUGCAUGAUUACCGAGUAUUAAGAAGAUCUCGAAUCUAUGAACUGGCAGAAACGCGUUUCGAAGAAAUGUUUCCGAAUUCAUCCUUCAUUAUCGGAGAUUCAGCAUACCCUUCAAGCAACUGGCUUGUAUCCCCCUAUAAAGAUUAUGGGAAUUUAACGGAAAGUCAUCGAAAAUUUAAUAAGUUACAUUCUUCUACGCGCAUAGUAGUCGAGAAUGCGUUUGGGUUAUUAAAGGGUCGCUUUCGGAGAUUGCUUAAGUUUACUGAACAAAUUGAUUUAAAAGCUGUGACGAACAUAGUAGCCGGCAUAUGUGUUUUACAUAACAUUUGCAUCUCCAUGGAUGAUUUAUGUGAGUAAAUUUUGAACAACUUGA